UUCAAUUUAAAGUUACAACGCUGAGUUUGUUUUUCUUUACAAUUUCCAUUGUUUCACUGUCCAAGAAAUGAACGAGUUGAGCCAUGAGUAGUGUGGACUUUCUGAAAGCUGGGUCUAAGCAACGUAUUCAAAACUCGUCAGACUUUGGAGAAGCUGGUCCAUCAAGCGUUAAGGUCGCGACCUUUGACACUCCCAACGACUUUUCUUCUCCAAAGUUGCAGUUACUUAAAGAGAUUGUCCAGGUCUCUUCUGAAACACCCAUAAUCAUCCCACCAGAGGAGAGAUUGGAAGACGUCUUACGUUAUCAGCUUGUCGUCUGCUCAAAAGUGACCAUGGCCACACAGACCAACUGGGAGUGGAGGGUCAUGGCGGAGCGGUGGCGCCGCGCUCCUAUCGUUGAGGCCAAGACCAAACCCAUGGAUCGCAACGACGCCAAGGCCCAUUUGGUUCAGCUGAAGCUGAAGAACAUUUUGGAUGAUGGAUAUUUACAUGAAGAACUUGCUGAAGUGGAAGAAACAGGAGACUGGCUCAAGAGGGUUUGGAAGGAGAGUAAAAGAUGUCUCCUUGAGAAAAUCCGAGCGGUGCGGGCCUGUGAUAAAAUCUCGGAUACAUCGGACCUGGAGGUCAACACGAGCGAUUCCCCGAUGGUCAAGAAUCAGUGGAGGCUGACCGGAAGGAGAAUGUUUUAUUACGGUAAAAGCGAGUUAAGGUCUAACAGAAGCAAAUCGCACCAUUCAUCUUACUUUCUUGACAGCGCUCGUGGAGUGAGCUCUUCUAGAUCAAAACUAGGAAGAAUGCGCUCAGCUACUUUAGCUGACCCCUUUCAGGAGCUGAAUGACUCCAGAAGCGAGUCUCACCAGCUCAGUGACUCGUAUGAGCAGCGCCGGAAAUCGACUACAAGAAAAUCAAUACUACCUGAAUCAGACGAGUUACAGGCCAUUCGAGAAAUCAUGGGGCGUCACAGCCAAAGACGGAAGAGCGAGACAGGAACGAAGCACGAAAAUGCGAGUACAGAAAAUGAAGCCAGACUUGAGACAGGAAUAAACGAUAGCCGAAGACUAAGCGUCAAAAUAGACGAUAGCGUACCUCAAGAAAGGAGGAAAAGCGGAAGCGGAAGUGGCGCAAGCAAAGAAACAGAAAGCGGAAGUCGAAGCAGCAAAAAACACGAUAGCAUACACCAUGAAAAGAAGAAAAAGAAAAGCGGAAGCGGAAGUGGUGCAAGCAAAGAAACAGAAAGCGGAAGUCGUGGAAGCAAGAAGACCGAAAGCGAACCUUAUGGACCCAAAAGUCUUCGGAGCUCGGAAUACGAAGAGUUACCGCCAAUCGACACAGCGACAGAAAUUAAAAAGAGAGAAGAAAGCCAACGACAAUCCAAUACUUUGGCUAAAUCGCCCAGUUCACAAGGGUCAACGCAAAUUUCCAACAGAUUAUCUAGUUUUAGUGACCUCAGUACUAAUGACUGACAUAACAGACAUUUUUAACAUUGACAUUUUUUUUCCCCGACACUUCGACAUCAAUUUGUGACAAUUUCAUUUUUAAUCAACAAUUUAAAUCAUUAUAUCAUUUAAGUUAUUUUUUUUUUAUAUAUAUUUAGAAGCUAUACGUAAUUUUUACAUUCUGUCAAAUAAA